AAAACCGUGAUGCUGGAGCAUCACAAACUUGCGACUGCUUUCUUUGAUUCGGAAAACUCUGGGCCAGACCAUUAACGAUGCGAUCAAGGUAUUGAGAGCAUUCGAAGUAGCGAAAAUAUCACGUUACUCCGAAACCGACAUCUACCCUUCUUAUCCAGCCAGUAAACCGCGCCGUUUGGUUCAGAAAAUGGCUAGUCUCAAGCGGUCUCUCGACUCGGAUCCCUUCUCGGCCAAUAUUUCGAGCAAAGUCUAUGUGAGAUCGACAAAGAGUGGGAAGGUCCAAAAGAUUGUUCGCGAGGUCUACCUCCGCCAGGACAUCCCCUGCUCCUCUAGGUUAUGCCAGACCUGCAUCAAAACCGCCCCCAGAGAUGCCGCGGGCCGACCUACUACGUUUGUCCUCUCGGAAGCACCCGCCGGCACCAGUGUCUUCCCGCAGGGCCACUACCUGGUACCCGACACCAAUGCCUUCCUGACUGCCAUGGAUCUUUUUGAGCAAAGCGCCGCCUUUUACGACGUCAUCGUGCUUCAAGUCGUUCUUGAGGAAGUGCGCAACCGGUCGCUGCCGCUCUACAAUCGCCUCAUCGGACUUACCAAGAGCGAGGACAAGCGCUUUUACGUCUUCUUCAACGAGUUCCGUCUCGAGACUCACGUCGCCCGCCAGGAAGGCGAAUCCGUCAACGAUCGGAAUGACCGUGCCGUCCGCAAGGCUGUCGCCUGGUACGGCCAGCACCUGGCCAGAACCAAGGCGAAGACGGUGCCGGCUGUCGUCAUGCUGAGUAACGAUCGAGACAACCUACGCAAGGCGAAGCAGGAAGGUAUUUCGGCGUGCUCACUGGCCGAAUACGUCAAACAGCUCAGGGACGGCGACAGGCUCCUCGACAUGAUCCCUGAGUCCGGAGACCAAGGGAUUGUCAAGGAAAAGCGCCCCGGCGAGCCCCUUUACCCGGAAUACUUCACCAUGUCCAAGAUGAUGACGGGCGUCAAGAAUGGUCUUCUUCACCAGGGUAUCUUCAACGUCUCACCGUACAACUAUCUGGAGGGCUCCAUCAGGGUGCCGGCGUUCCCCAAGCCGCUCCUGAUUCUAGGGAGGGAAAACAUCAACCGCGCUAUUGACGGAGACCUGGUCGUUGUGGAGGUGCUACCCAAGGACCAGUGGAAAGAGCCUUCGACUCAAGUGAUUGAGGAAGAUACCAUCACCAAAAACGAGAACCCGGAUGCCGAAGAGACGGCCGACCUUGUCUCGGAGAAGGAGCGCAAGGCGUUGCAGGAGGAGGUGAAGCGGACCCAUAACAAGACGACCGAAGGCCAUGCCCAACCGACAGCGAAGGUCGUCGGCGUAGUCAAGCGGAAUUGGCGCCAAUAUGUUGGGCAUAUCGAUCAAUCAUCGGUGAGCCAGUCAACCCAGCAGGGACGCAAGCAGGAUACCGUGUUUGUGAUUCCGAUGGACAAGAAGAUCCCAAAAAUUCGAUUACGGACGCGCCAAGUGGCCGAGCUUGUCGGAAAGCGGAUUCUUGUUGCCAUCGAUGCCUGGGAUCGCGGCUCCCGGCAUCCCAUCGGCCACUUCGUUCGGUGCUUGGGCGAGUUGGAAACCAAGGCUGCCGAGACGGAAGCCUUGCUCCUCGAGUACGACGUCCAGUACCGGCCUUUCCCCAAGACGGUCCUUGACUGUCUGCCCAAGGAGGGCCACGACUGGAGAGUACCCGAGAAUAUGGACGAUCCGGGGUGGAGGGACAGAGAAGAUCUCCGCGGCCUCCUCAUCUGCAGUAUCGACCCGAUUGGCUGCCAGGAUAUCGACGACGCUCUUCAUUCCCGGCCGCUUCCCAACGGCAACAUCGAGGUUGGCGUACACAUCGCCGACGUGUCCCACUUCGUCAAACCCAACAACGCCAUGGAUACCGAGGCCAGCAUUCGCGGCACUACCGUGUACAUGGUGGACAAGCGUAUCGAUAUGCUUCCGAUGCUCUUGGGUACGGAUCUGUGCUCGCUCAAGCCCUACGUUGAGCGCUACGCCUUCUCCGUCCUAUGGGAGAUGACAACAGAUGCCGACAUUGUGAACGUGAGGUUCACCAAGUCAGUCAUCAAAUCUCGGGAAGCGUUCAGCUACGAACAGGCACAGCUAAGGGUAGACGAUCAAUCGCAGCAGGAUGAGCUCACCAAAAGCAUCCGGACCCUACUUGCCUUGUCAAGGAAGUUGAAGCAGAAGCGGCUUGACGCGGGUGCUUUGAGUCUGUCCUCGCCCGAGGUAAAGGUGCAGAUGGAAUCCGAGACAUCCGACCCUAUCGACGUCAAGACCAAGGAGCUCCUCGACACCAUGUCCCUGGUCGAAGAGUUCAUGCUUCUCGCCAACGUCAGCGUGGCUCGCAAGAUCUACGAGGCCUUCCCCCAGACAGCAAUCCUCCGUCGCCACGGAGCGCCUCCCAAGACCAACUUUGACGAACUCGCCAACCAGCUCCGCGUCAAGCGCGGCCUCAACCUGAGCGUCGAAUCAUCGCGCGCCCUCGCCGACAGCCUGGACGCGUGCGUCGACCCCAAAGAGCCCUUCUUCAACACGCUCGCCCGCAUCAUGGCCACCCGCUGCAUGAUGGCGGCCGAGUACUUUUGCUCGGGCACGCAAGCGUACCCCGAGUUCCGCCACUACGGCCUCGCCUCGGAAAUCUACACGCACUUCACCUCGCCCAUCCGGCGGUACGCCGACCUGGUCGCCCACCGCCAACUGGCCGCCGCGAUUGGGUACGAGGCGGUGCACCCGAGCGUGCGCAGCCGCGGCAAGCUCGAGGCCGUGUGCAAGAACAUCAACGUGCGGCACCGCAACGCGCAGCUCGCGGGCCGCGCCAGCAUCGCGUAUUAUGUCGGCCAGGCGCUCCGCGGCAAGGCCGCCGAGGAGGACGGGUUCGUGCUUAAGAUUUUUAGCAAUGGAUUCGUCGUGCUCGUGCCGCGUUUUGGUAUCGAGGCGCUCAUCCGGCUGCGCGACCUGGGUGAUCCGGAGCCGGCGGCCGAGUACGACGCCGAGACGUACACCCUGAAAACGAGCGGCAGCCGCGAGCUGACGGUCGAGCUGUUCCAAAAGGUGCGGGUCAAGGUGACGGAUCAGAAGGACGAGGCGACGGGGAAGAGGGGGGUCAAGAUGGAGCUCUUGAGCGUCUACUGAGUUUUUCUCGGUUGGGCGAGACACUUUCCGUUGUUGUUAUUUGGUUUGCUGUUGAUAGGGUUUAGCCAUCUAAGUGUUUGUGAUGCUUCUGUCGAGCCAAGAUGGGAAUGGAAGCUUUGAUACUCCUCG